AUGCAUAUCCGCUGGACACUCCUCUUAUCUAUAUUGCUGGCGCACACCGUCAGAUCGACACCAGCAAGGCGCACUUACGACACUCAUGAUUAUUAUGUCGUGGAACACGACCCGAAUACCCCGGAUGGUGCAUCGCUAGGCGAUGUGGCUCGAGCGCUCGGCGUCGAGCUCGUGGAACAGGCUGGAGAAUUGCGAGACCACUGGUUGGUGCGGAUACCCAAACCGGAGGUUAAUAAACGAGGAGAAGGGGACUCCGAUCCAGUGGUUGCAGCGUUCGAUAGCCUCCGCCAAAAAGCCGCAUCUAACCUCGCGGCACGCGACAACGACCACGCACGCAGCGUUUCUUUCUCGACAAGAACUCCGUCAACGAGAAAAGCGGGCACCACCGCCUGUUCCGUCAUGAAAGAUUUUGGUAUACGCGACCCACUAUUUUCUCAACAGUGGCACAUAGUCAACGAGGACGAUCCAGAACACAUGAUGAACGUCACUGGUGUGUGGGAGAUGGGUUUGACAGGCAAGGGCGUCCUAUCUUCGCUCAUUGACGACGGGUUGGAUUACACUCACGAUGACCUUGCCGCCAACUUCGACGCCGCCAAUUCCUACGAUUUCAAUGACCACGAAGCCCUCCCAACACCCAAAACAGACCGUGAUCACCAUGGGACCCGCUGCGCAGGUCAAAUAGCUGCAAUAAAAAACGAUGUCUGUGGCGUUGGAAUUGCCUAUGACUCAAAAGUAGCUGGUCUUCGGAUUCUCUCAGCUCCGAUUUCCGAUGUGGACGAAGCAGCUGCACUGAAUUACGGUUACCAGGACGUUUCCAUUUACAGUUGCAGUUGGGGUCCAAGAGACAACGGCGAAAAGAUGCAAGGACCCGGUUACCUCGUCAAGAAAGCUGUGGUGAAUGGCAUCAACAAUGGAAGGCAGGGCAAGGGAUCCAUUUUUGUAUUUGCCAGUGGGAACGGCGGUGGAUAUGGUGAUCAAUGCAAUUUCGAUGGGUACACGAAUAGUAUCUACUCGGUCACCGUUUCUUCAGUGGAUCACAAGGGCCUUCACCCGUAUUACUCUGAAGCUUGUGCGGCGAAUAUGAUUGUCGCGUAUAGCUCUGGAGAUGGAGAGUACAUCGUCACAACCGACAGAGGGAAAAACGAGUGUGCUACAAACCACGGAGGUACAUCUGCAGCAGCCCCCAAUGCUGUGGGCGUUUUCGCACUUGCGCUGGAAGCUCGGCCGGACCUUACGUGGCGCGACAUCCAAUACCUCUGCGUCGAAACGGCCCAGAUGAUUAACCCCAACGAUCCUGACUGGGAACGGAUGGCAUCCGGUCGUAUGUAUAGCUACAAAUACGGGUUUGGGGUCCUCGACGCCUAUCGUUAUGUCACUGUUGCAAAGGACUGGAAGCUCGUGAAACCACAAGCAUGGCUUGCUACUGAAACCAUCCAACUCGACGGAGGUACCAUGGACGCUAAGAAAACAUAUACUGGUGGGCGAAGGAUCGGCCAUGGUGUUGUCAAGAGCGCCAUCAAGAUCACCAAGGACAUGAUGGUUGAGCAUAAUCUUGAGACGUUGGAACACAUUACUGUGAAAGUGUGGAUCGAUCAUACAAGGCGAGGGGAUGUUGAGGUGGAGAUUGUUAGUCCGCGUGGGAUUCGCAGUAUCUUGGCCGGUUCUAGGGAGCGAGACGAUGAUAAGACUGGUUUUCCUGGUUGGAAGUUUAUGAGCGUCAAGCACUGGGGCGAAAAUCCUGUCGGCGAAUGGACGAUCAAAGUCUCUGAUCAACAAGAACCAGAGGGCAAGGGAUACUUCUUAGGUUGGAAUAUGGUCCUCUGGGGAACCACUAUCGAUCCUUCCAAGGCCAAAAAAUAUGAAGUCCCGCUUGUUGAAAACCUCCUCCCAGCAAAUCAGCAGGGUGCUCCUUCUCGGCCCAGCAUAUUCGAACCCACCAGCGUACUCCACGCGAAGCCUACCGACCUCCUUCAUGGAGGACCUGGCUCGGCAGCGGGUGAGAACACGAAAGUGGCUUUUCCGUCAAAGACGGCUUCACCCAAUGCAGCCGAUGAUGAGGGGUGGUUAUCUAGUCUGGCACUUACCAAAUCAAAGCAGCGUGCGCUUGUAGGUGCUAUUGGGCUCCUCGUCCUCCUCAACAUAGGUACAGCUACGUACUUCUGGCGUCGCAAACGUGCUUCUCAGAGCAGUUACAAUGCUUUGGAUGGGGAAGAUGUGCCACUUGGCGCUGUGGGGAAUGGUGGAGCGGCAGCGGCACGCUCGCCUAGGAGACGAGCAUUGUAUGAUGUUGUUGAGGAAGACGGCGAGGAGACGGAGGAUGAGGGUGAUGAGAACACUGCUCUGGCGGGUAGGACAUCAGCCAAGGGGCUUGGAUUUCAUUCAUCGUUUUUGGAUGAUGAUGAGCCUUUGACUGCUGAGGCCGCUACACCGAAGUAUAGUGAUCAGCCAUCGCAGGUUACAUGA